GGCUGAUCCGAAGGGCCAGCUCUGUUCUAGGAUGCCCUCUGGACCCAGUGGAGGUGGAGACCAGGUGAGCCAGUCAGUGUAAACUCUCAGUGGAUCCUUGAAACAUCCAACAUGUUUGUCUGAAAGGACACCAAAGAGAGCCCACCUGCAGUAUGAGUGCAGGUGAUUACAGGUUUCUAGGAGCGUGCGCAUCCACUCAGCUGAGCGGCGAGGAACGUCCUGCGUGGGCGUCAUGUUGGGAAACCUCUCUGUGUGAACGCGGCGGUGAGGACCUAAGAGGGUUACAGAGUCCCGAGGUUCGCUCGGUGCCUGCAGAGUCACAGCAGCCUGGAUGUGGGCCACCUCGAGCCUCCGCCUGCAGCCUGAUCGUCUUCUGUGUGGUUUCCUGUCCUGAGCAGGGUCGGAGGACUGCAGACCACCUUUAACAAGCAGCGCAUCGGGCCUCGGUCUCCUCCGCCAUGGGGAACCACGGCUCGAGUCUGGACGACAUCCUGGCUGAGGACAUGCACCACUGGUACAACAAGUUCAUGAAGGAGUCCCCGUCGGGCCUCAUCACGCUGUUCGAGCUGAAGGCCAUACUCAACCUGAAGGGCAUGAACGAGGACGCCAACCGCUAUGUGGAGCAGGUCUUCUUCACCUUCGAUAUGGACGGGGACGGCUACAUUAACUUUGUGGAGUACAUCGCAGCCAUCAGCCUGAUGCUGAAGGGAGAAAUCAACCAGAAACUGAAGUGGUACUUCAAACUGUUCGACCAGGACGGCAACGGAAAGAUCGACAAGGAAGAGCUGGAGACCAUCUUCACGGCCAUCCAAGACAUCACACGGAACAAAGACAUCGACCCCGAGGAAAUCGUCUCGCUCAUAUUUGAGAGGAUUGAUGUGAAAGGUGAAGGCGAGCUGACCCUGGAGGAGUUCAUCGAGGGAGCCAAAGACCACGAAGAUAUCAUGGACAUGCUGAACACCCUGAUGGACCUGACGCCGGUCUUACUGAUCAUUAUUGAGGGCCGGACGGGGAACAACCAAUGAGAGAAAUGUGGAAGCAGUGAGCUGUGAUUGGCCAUUUGGACAGAUUUAACAUUACACAGUGAAAGCCUGGCUGAUUUUCAUGUGAAGAAGGUCAUGAUGGACUCUGUGAGCUGCAUCUGCCAAUCACCUCCAGCUGUAGGUCCCCCCACCCACAGCUCCUGCACCAGGAGUUUGUGGUGCCACACUGGUGCCACCUAGUCUUUUUCUUGGAACCAACACCACCGCAGUGGAAACAAGGGCCUCAUAUUCCUUUGCCAUAGAGAACCUCAUUUCAUCCAACAUUUUGCCAAUUUCUACUUCAACUAUUUGGAAAAUGUGUCGCACUGAUGCUGGACUCAGAAUCAGAAAGUUGAGAUGAUACCUGAAGCUCAGUUUUAACAGCAACAUUAAUAAAAACAACUACCAAAAAUAGUAAUAACAAUAAUAACUAAUAGUAAUAACUCUUCAAAUUACUACAAGCUGUCAGAAAGACUUUAAAUCUUUUCAACAUCUCAACAUCAAAGAUUUUCUCCACAGAUUUAUUCAUCUGACUUUGAUCUAUAAGAAAAGAAAAGAAAAGAGUUUAUCAAUACUGAGACAGCAGCACAGUAAAAGGACCUGAACUGUGACUUUGCCUCCAUGUCUGAGAAUACUGCUAGAGCGAUUUGUGUGCUAACAGUUUUGAUUUGGAGCCGGGAGAUUAUCGUACAGCUGAUCCUCUUAAUGCUGCCAAAGGAUCUGACUCUUCCUCUAGAGGAGGCUUCAUCAUCUCACACCCCCACGCAGGUUCAUGUCGUUGAGGACAAAACUAAAUGUUUCAAACACAUCCUGCAGCAGUGAUGUGUUUAACACACAGUCAUAUCAGAGUGAAGCGGUGCAUUCAGGGACCAAAGCUGCUCCGUCAGCUCUUCUGGCAGCAGGCCAGUCCCACAGUCCACUCGGGUCAGGCCGGACCAAAGUAGGGCGCCUGAGGGCAGGACGACCUAUCAUCUCACUCACAGUGGAGGACUAAGUACAUUUACUCAAGUACUAUGUUUGACCUCAUUUGUAUGCCACUAUCUACUGCUCCACGUCUCAGAGAGAAGCGUUGUACUCCUCUCAGUGAACCAAGCUAACACAUCAAAGCCUCAACAUGAUAUUAAUGAAGAUGUGAGCACCAGCACACCUACUCAUAUUUAGUGACAGAGACCAAAAGGACUCAAUGAAUGAUGCUUUUUGAAUGAGGAUUAGAGACGGCAUCUUGUGGCCAUUGUUGGAAUUGCACUUUUACUUAUUUCUGCACUGACUUCAGUAGCAGUACCUAAAGAUAAAUCAUAUCUUUUACCCACUGAUCACUUUGUUCUAAUUCUACUGAAAGGUUCAGCAGGUUUAUGUCGAUGAAUGCUGUGCUGUCUUCAGUUAAACGUAGUGAGCCAGCGCACAUUUCCACCAUUUUGGAGUGGAAUUAUUAUACCUGAGGAUGUGUCAUUAAUGAAGGGUGGAGGACAGUCCACAACAGAAUGUCAAAUAUACAACAUAUCCAACAGUUUUAUCAACCAAAUAUCAAAAAAAAAGUUUUCUGGUCAUUUCGGGAGAAAAAAAAACUUUGGGGUUCUGAACCACUUAAUCUUUGGUCAAUUUUAAGUGGACGAACUGAAACAGAAAACGUUCUGUUGGUGUUGUUGGAAUCUGAGAGUUAUCAGAGUUUAAACAGGAAGAAAUCAGCAUAUCAUGGAGUCUAUACAGUCUAUACACAAAAUCUGCUGUGUAGACUGUUCAGUGUUGUAAGGUAUGAGAAGUCCUGUUUCCCGGACAAGACCCCAAACAUGUUAUAACUUCAAAUUCAAAGGCACACAGAGAACCUAACAUGAGAUCUCACCAUGCUGCUGCUGUUAUAACAAUGAAAAUAAAGUUACUUACAAAGGAAAAAGGAGAUAAACAAAAGAAUAAGACUGUGAACCAGCCAUCUGUUUCCUCUCUAAACUAAUGAAACCAAAACUGAAGACUGUGAUUAACUCCCAGCUCAACUCAUAGUACACAGAACUACAAAAGCAACAAAACGUAACGCUAGUGCUGAUGGAAGUGAGGGAGGAUGACUAAGACGCCAACCUUCAUCUCCGCCUCCUCUGGCUUUAUAUGUGUGUGGUGGUUCAUCUGCAGCCAGUCAGCACUAAUAAUAAAUCAGAGAGAAGAGAGCAGGUUAAUGAGAAUGAUUAGAGAUAAUAACAGGAUGAUGGACGUGUCAGCACGUGUAUAGAAUGUUAGCGUAAAUUAAGAGUAUCCAUACACAGGAUACACCCCAACAGCAGGAUCAGAUUUUAGAUGAAGUUUGCAUUCACCUACUUGUGUAAAAUAAAUCAGACAUAAGCAAAAUUUGGGAAAAAUGGGAAAAAAACCAGAGGUGGCUGUGUGCACAGUCCACGAUCAUAACUUCACUGAUUUUUGAAAAAUACGGUCGGCAUAAUCAUCAGCUCAGCUGCACAAAUCAGGAGCUUUUUUUUUAAAUAAACCAGUUUUUCCACUGAGCCCUCUAGUGGACUCUCACAGCAGUACAUAUGCUAUAAGUUUAAAGGACAAGCGCACUACCGGCCUGGUUUUGUGCGACAGGUCGCUCGAUUAAAUGUUUUAAAUGUUUUAUUUUUACAAGGUGACAUGCGUGACCAGGUCAGGGGGGUCUGAGAAUGUCUGACCAGCUAAGCUAACAGGUCCUACUGUGCAACAGAGAUUUUUAUGGUGAAAAUGUGUCCUGUUAAAACUUUAGUUCUAACCACUCACGUUUUGUGCUGCCUUAUCAAUAAAGCUUUUAAGCAAACUGUGUGCUUUUCAUUUAGCCCCAUUAAAGAAUGCAUAAA